UCUUCCCACUCGUCUCGCUCAGAGCAUCUUCUAAGGCGGAGUCUCGGAAGCCACCUUGAGUGAUACCCGUGGAAGACGAACGAAGGUCUGCCUCAGGGGUCACCGUUACCAACAUUCCCCACACCUCAGAUGACCGUCGGGCUCGUUGGUCCGAUUUCUGACAUCUUCCCUCUGUGGUCAGCCUCAGCCCCUCGCCGGCUAAGGAACGGAGAAUGCCUGAGGCUGCGUAACAGUGACCCUUUUAACAUUCUUGAUCGUCUAUUUGGGUUACUGAGCAAGGCGUAAGGCUAUAUGCGUCUUCUAGGAGCUUCAAUAUUCAAUGUCGAUCGUCGCUGCGGAUCCUUCAAUUCUCUGCCAUGAAACCUAUUUCGGAGCAUGUCUCGCCUGCCCUCACUCGUGAAGACGGUGUCUUGAAUAACGCGCAGCCCUCCUUUCGCCUGCCAUUGAGUCGAUCCUAUGUCGACGGUGCGCGUGCCCUUGGCACCGAGCGUGAUCGCCUGCAGGUCACCAGCUCUCAAUACAAGCGGUCCCUCCACAGGAGCGAUCUCAUCCUCUACCAGACACUUCUAUGUUGCCGAACGGACCAUGCCGUAUUCACGACUUCAACUCUAUGGUGCACGACGAGGACUCUCCUCUUCACCCGUCUCCUGAGGACCCUCGCAUAUAAAGUCCUCUGCAACGCACUUUCUCUGGGCACUGAACAGGGAUCGACCAUUCAGAUACCUACCUCGUCUUCCUCUCCCUCUCCCCAGAAGACCGACUCGCAACUUUCUGUUCUCCCUUACGUCCGCUUUUCAUUCCUCUAUUCCUCUGAAGAUAUCAUGAAGUUCAUCUCUCCUACAUCUGUCGCUCUCGCGGUCGCCUUCUCCGGCUCCGUCGCUCAGGGCCUCACCAUCCCCGGCUCCGAUGGCGCGCUCGUCGCUCGUGGCGGCGACGGUGGCUACGGCGGCGGCGGCGAGUGCUACAACCCGUGCUACGACCAAUGCUACGAGCCAUGUGGCGGCUCCGGGAAGUACAACAAGCGCGGCGGCGACGGCGGGUGCAAGAAGAAGUACUACGCGAAGCGCGGCGGCGACGGCGGUAAAGAGUGCUACCCCAAGCACCACAAGUGCCACGGCAAGAAAUACGACAAGCGCGGUGGAGACGAGGGGGAGUGUCAGCCCAAGUGCUACGGCAAGAAGUAUGAUAAGCGCGGCGGCGACGGCGGCUGCUACGGUAAGAAGUACGACAAGCGUGGUGGGGACGAAGGCAAGCAGGACGAAGGCAAGAAGGGUGCCGGCGCCAACUAUAACGCCGAUGUUGGCUACAACAAGCAGAACGCCGACAAGAACCAGCUCGACCACAAGAAGCAGGACGCCGUCAAGGACAAGGCGUACAACAAGAACAAGGACAUUGAUCUUGACUACGACAAGGACAAGGAGAACGUCGAGCACCACCACGACGCCGACGAGAAGCACGACCACAACGACAAGAACAAGAACAACGCGAUCAACGCCGGUUCCGUCUUCGGCAAGCUCGGCCUUGGCAAGCGUGGCGGUGACGAGGGCGGUAAGGGUGGCUCCGGCAACUUCGCGAACAAGUUCGGCGCCUUCAACAACGAGAAGAACAACAAGGACAAGAACGCGAAGCACACUGACGACGACUACGCGAAGAACAAAGACAAGGAGCAUCUCAAACUCAAAGUUGGCGACCAGGAGAAUGCCAAGGACAAGGAGGCGGCCCAGAACGAGGCCGACAGACUCAAGAACCAGAAGGCCAAGGACGAGAACUUGAAGGCGAAGGAGAACUUGCACGCUCGCGGUGGCGACGAGUCUGGCGGGUUUGGCGGAGCGUUCGAUAAUGACGCGGAUUUUAACAACAAAGAUAACAAAUUGAACGAUGCUAACAACAAAAAGAACAAAGCCGUCAAGGACAAGGAAUACAACAAAGACAAGGUGCUUGAACUCCACAACAACAAGGACAAGGAGAACGCGAAGAAGAAUCACGACAAGAACGUGCUCAACCAGAAUGACGAGAAGGUCAAGAGCAACAAGUUCAACCAAGAUUCCGACUUUGGCGACGGUUUUGGCAAGGGCUUCAACAAGCGCGGAGGCGACGACUUUGGUGACAUUGGCAGCUUUGACAACAACGCUGAUAUCUUUGAUAACAACAAAGACAAGAAGAACAAGCAGCAGUCAAAUGAGAAAAACAACGAGGCGUUCAACAAGGACAAAGAGAACAAUGAUAUCAAGAUCAAGGAUCAGGAGAACGUGAAGGACAAGGCCGCAGAGCAGGCCGCCGCCGACAAGAAGAAGAAGGCUAAGGACCAGGACCAGAAGCUCAAGCAAGAUUCGUUCUUCGGUAAUGACGGGUUCGGCGGCAAGGGCUUUGAAAAGCGCGGCGGCGAUGAAUCUGACGGUUUAGACCUCGGCUCGUUCGAUUUCGACCUUGAGGGUCUCCAGGGUCUUGGUCUCGAAGACGAGCUCGGUAGUGAGCUUGGGGGAUACAACCGAGCAUGAGUUUCUUCACUGUGGUUAUGAAAACGGGCUUGAGCCCGAUCUUCAACUUCUCACUGUACUUCUAUGCAUUGG